CCUGACCUUUACCAUUACGAGUAUCGAUCGCAACAUACAAUCGCAACCGCCUCGUCCGAAUAUAUUCAGGUCUAUUCUUUAGGCUCAAAAUACUCAAAAGAAGUCUAGCAAAAUGACGAAAACGCUGGCUGAGAAACCCCAAAAAGCCACCAGCCACCGUGCACAUUAUCCAGCUGCUUGUUUCGAAUUAUUUCAUGCAUCUACUGCUUCCUAUAUUGUCGCUGCCAUGCAGCUCUUCAUACUGCUUAUUAUGGGUUUAACCUACUAUACACUGGAAAAACGUGGUUACUUCAUCAAUGUGGACGCAUUCCGGCCAGUGGUUGCUUGUAUCGCAACGCUUUACGCGGGAGGAGCAAUCUGUGCGAUUCUCGGAGUGAGCAGUGAACGAAAAUCCCUUGUUAACGCUCACAUUACCAUUGUUACUGCUCUCAUGGUGUUCACCGACAUCAUUGCUGUCUUCAUCGUACUCAUCAUGGCUGUAGGAAAUCGAAGCAAGUUCACCAGUGACCUUCCUGGCCAUUUUGUCGAUGAGCACAAAUUCUACGCUGCCCUUGGACCAUUCUGGAUGUAUCUCGGUGCGAUCACGCUGCAUAUAAGCGUGGCUAUUAAUAUGUGUUUCUUGCAAGUGCUGAACUCUUUUCUUUCAUUUCUUGAUGAAAAGAUGACGCCGACAAACUCUCUGCGUAAUCUGAAACAAUCAGAGAACAAGGUGAAGUCUGAAGAAGCAGCAAAGAACUGAUGUCUUUGUGAAAAUCUAUAUUCUCAUGUUUGAUAAGAUAAUAUGUGUAAAUAAAGCUGUAUUCCC